AUGGGAUAUAACUCAAAUGAAGAUUGGAUGAUGAAAACAAAUUUAAUUUUUACCAAUGUAGAGAAUUUAGCAAAAUUUGGAAUAAAAGUUGGAAUACAAAAAAUAAAAAAUUUGAAAUUUGAAAUCAAUGCAACUUAUCGUUACAAAGAAUAUCUUUGGAAUUUAGUAAUUAAUUUAGGCGGGAGGACCUAUUAUGAGGGACAUAAAGUUUUAAAGGAACAUACUGAAGAAAAUGCUAUUAAUGGAACUAUAGAUUGUGCCAAAUUAAUUGGAGGGUCGCUACCUGAUAGUCCUGAACAUUUUGAUGACUUAAUCUUUAGACAUUGGGAUUGCAUUGAAUAUAAAAAUCCAAUUAGCAUUUUUCAACUUUAG